AUUCUAACUAUAGUAUGUGUCUGGCAUGUCCCACAGUAGUAUUUAGACAAUGAGUUACAGAAACAAAUGGAUCCUGAAUUGUAUACAGCAGCGCAUUUAGGUGAUUGGGUUCUAAUGAAAAGGUUUUCUGGGAACUUCUAUUCUCAGAAGACUUCGACUGGAAACACAGUCCUCCACGUAUUAGCCCAGUUUUGUGACUCUGCAGAGGUAGCGCGACAUAUCCUUGCAGGACAUUUCUGUCUGCUAAUGAAAAAGAAUGUUCAUGGCGAAACAGCACUUCAUUUGGCAGCUAGAAAGGGGCACCUGGGCAUUGUUCGAGCACUUAUUGCAUCUGCAAGACAUCAAUAUCCUCAUUCAAGAUUUCGAUUUCCGGGUUUUGACGGAUGCAAGAGGAUGCUGAGGAUGGCUAAUGUGGAUGGCAACACAGCUUUACAUGAGGCAGUUAGGAACAACUUCUAUGAGGUUGCCAAAUUGUUGGUUCAAGAAGAUCCUGAGUUUCAUUAUCGCCCCAAUUAUGCUAUGGAGACUCCUCUGUAUCUAGCAGUAGAGAAGGGAUAUCAUGAUAUCGUUGAUCUGAUUUUGGUGACUUGCAAGUCUUCAUCUUAUCUCGGCCCCGGUAACAGAACUGCCCUGCACGCUGCAGCUAUACGGAAUUCGCCAGAAGUGGAACUGAUUUUACAGAAGCUGCCAAAUCUUACAACGAAAGUCGACAAAUUUGGAUGGAAUGCACUUCACUAUGCUGCUAAAUUUAAUCAUCAAGGAGUAGUAAGACAAUUAUUGUCUAAAUACAAGUUCAUGGCCUAUGUUACUGCCAAUAAUGACGACUCAAUGACUGCUUUACAUAUUGCGGUGACUCAAGGACAUGUAGCUGUCAUACAAGAGCUUUUAUUGCAUUGCCCAGAUUGUUGGGAGAGGAUCACAUAUAAACUCCAGAACAUCCUUCAUCUUGCUGUAAAAUAUGAACAAAGAGAAGUGUUGGAAUUUUUCUUACAGUAUUCUUGGGCUUCUGAACUCAUCAACCAAAAGGAUUCUAAAGGAAACACUCCUCUCCACCUGUAUGUUGCCACCAAAAACUUAGAUGGUAAUAGCCUUGUAAAUCACCCUUGUGUUGAUAUCAGUGCUUUCGACAAUUCCAAUUCCACUGUUCUUGACAACAUACUUCACAGCCGUGAGCUUACUGGAAGACAGGUUUUGAUCAAGGAAGAGUUGGAGCGAGCGGGUGCUAGUCCAGGUUAUCGAAAUGUAGCUACUGUGAAGAAGAAUUUAGGAGCACCAAAAACCGAAGAACCAGAAAAACUGGAAAGUUUGGCUGGGACUUACUUGAUUGUGGCUACACUGAUUGCAACAGUCACUUUCACGGCAGGUUUUACCAUCCCAGGUGGAUUCAAUGAUAGUGACAGUCCAAACAAAGGCCUGGCGGUUCUAGGAAACAAAGCAAUUUUUAUAACAUUUGUUAUUUCAGAUUCCUUAGCAAUAAUGAUCUCCGUUCAUGCAGUCCUCCAUCUAAUUUUGCUCUUGCAAAGCAACAACCGCAAGUUCAAGUUAGCUAUGCUCCACGGAGGUAGGGCUUCAAUUUUCAUGGCCAUGAUCCUGAUGAUGAUAGCAUUUCUGACGGGCUUGUCUUCUGUGUUACCAAUGCUGCAUAUCAAGAUUCUGUUGUGCGUCCUUGCUGCUAUAUAUUGCUAUCAUAUACCUUUGGACCUCGUUCAGUUUUUAAGGAACACUAGGAGUAGUAGAUAUGUAACUAUGUUUAGACAUACCGAGGCUGAUUAUUCUUGGUAUAUAGGUCCAUUCAGAGUUUGGGUUCAAGAUUUGACUGAAGAGGAUGAGUUUUGGUAGCAUUUUGUCACCAAAAAACUGCAAUAAUAUCUUUCCUUUUCCGCA